AUUUUUGCGUUUUCUUGUCUUGCUGCCAACAGCCUGCAACAGCCUUGCAAGCAAGUAAGCUGUGCUCUUGCACACAAGUCACUCAAUUAAUGGCAGAUCGCGGUCGUGCUCCAGCUAGAGGUGGUCGUGGAGGUCCUCCGCCUCGAGGUAGACCAAUUCCAGCUUCAUCCGAUGUCAAUAAAGGCAAGCGGGAAGCCAUCCUCGACCUGUCCAAGUACGUCAAUGAGAGAAUAAGGGUCAAAUUCACUGGCGGUAGAGAAGUGACCGGGAUCCUGAAGGGUUACGAUCAAUUGCUCAAUCUCGUCCUUGACGGGGUCGAGGAACAAAUUAAUGAGCCAGAACCUCAAACCCGCUUGCUGAACCUCGUAGUCCUUCGGGGACCCACCAUCACCCUCCUCAGUCCCGUCGACGGCUCAGAGGAGAUUGCAAACCCUUUCGUAGCUCAGGAGUAGAACGGUACCAUUCCUCUUCAGUAGUCCAUGCAUCCGUCUCCUGUUUGUACAAAUAAAUGUGACCGUUCGUUGCCUGACUACAUUCC